AAGUGUAAUUGAAUGAACCCUUCUCACUUUCGAUUCUACCAUAAGAAACGUCAAAUCUACACUAUUUCUACUUUUGCAAUGGCAAUAGCUUCUCCAGUGUUUGUGAGUUUCAACUAUGAAGACACACGCCACGACAUCACAGGUCUUGUUCUUGAUCCUCUCAGAAGAAAAGGCAUCCAAGUCUUGGUUAAAGGUGAAUCCAGAACAUUCGACCUGUUUCAAGCGAUUGAGCACUCUCGCUUUUUCAUCGUGGUCCUUUCCAAGAACUACGCGUCCUCGAUUUGCUGUUUGCGUGAACUAGUGGCGAUCAUCAACGGCGUUGAAUCUUCUCCAAGGUCCGUUCUGUCUAUUUUUUAUGGUGUCCAUGAAUCUGAGGUGCUAUCUCAGGAUGGAUGUUAUGGGAAAGCCUUUUCUAAACACGAAGAAAGAUUCAGGGAACAUAAGCAGAGGAUGGAAGAAGUGCAGACAUGGAGAAAAGCUCUCAAACGAGUAUGUUCCCUGGGUUUGCAUCUGGAAAAUGCGACAGGACAUGGAGGUUUUGAAUUUGUUCAACAUGAAAUAAAUAUUUUGUGUCCUGAAUUUUCAACUCCUGAAAAUGAAACAAUAUACAGUAGAUAUGGAAAAUUUGAAGAUAUUGUUCAAUAUAAAGAUGGAGAUGAAGUUUCAUACAAGGAGCUGCGAGGUUUGGUUCGAUUAAGGGAUUUUAUCAGCCUCAUGUUGACUUAUCCAGUGAUGUUAGAAGAGGACGGUGUAUUAAGAUCCUGGAUUAGUGCAUUUCCAGAAUGGAAAGCUGAGUUAUUUUCCACUGGUGGUUAUUCUAAACCAUGGAGUCUACUUACUGAGAAGGCACUGAGAUGCAUGGAAGGAUUCGUGCCAGUGGAAAUAAGGGCUGAAAUAGAAAGCGGUGAGACAUCCAUCUUCAACCGCCAUAAUGAUGUAAUACCAGAAGGCCUACUCCCCCUAAUUGUUGAUCUCGCAGUUAAUCAACUAAUUCAAACUUUGUUUUCUGGAGAUUACUAUGCGCGCUAUAUCAGAUUGUUGACCAGAAACUCGGCUGAAAAGGAAUCUGUAGUGAACAAAAUAGUGACAGCCUUGGAAGAUAAACACAACAUGUUUGGAAUUGGCAAAGAAUUUUUCAAGGCCGUAUGGAUCAAUGCCUUGACACGUGAGACUGAUUCGGAGGUUCAAGUUCAAGAAGAAAUCAAUAAGAUCAUGGUAAGUAUUUCUAUGGCAGAAGGUGAUGACAUGCUAACUACACUAGACACUGACGAAAAGGAGAGGAGCAAUAGGCUGUUGGUGAUUGUAGUGAAUGCAGAUAGCAACAGGGAGCUGGACCUCCAAAAAGUGCAAUUUCCACCUGGGAUAGUGGUGUUGAUAACAACUGAGUCUUCAACACAAGAGGUGAAGGAUGAUGGCUUUGGAAUUGCAUGCACAAUGGAUUUGAAUAUUUGGACCCAGGAUCAUCUGUUGCCUUGGAAACUCUUCAAUACCUAUUCGGGAAGUUGUAUCAGCUGUAACACUGUGGGUUCAUCGAUGACCAUUCAGAAAAUAGCAGUGGAAAUUGUCAAGAAAAGCCAUGGUCAUCUUCUUGCCAUUGUCCUUGUGGCAAGACAUCUUAGGUAUGUGAAAGAUGAUAAAUACUGGGAGCUUGUACUUGACAAAUUAAGCCGUCCGAAUCCUUUCUAUGAUUAUCAAGAUUGUGACAGAAUUGGCAUCAGCAGAGUCAUAGUCAAUGCAUUUGUAAAUAUUAUUUGGGAAGACCUCGAUGAUGAACUAAAGUUUUACCUCCAACUCAGUUUACCUGUUCCCAACAUUAAAAUUGGGGUGAGAGAUGAUAUCUUGGUUUCUUAUUGGGCUAAUGUAUUACGAUACGCAGAAGAGGUUGUUGAAUACAAAAGACAGUUGCAAUAUUACAUCGAGGAACUUCUAGACUGUUUUGUCUUGUUGAAAUUUGAAAGUGGAGUCGUCUAUUUGCCAAUAGAAACCUACGAUAUAAUUAAAUCAUUACGCAAAUCAAAAUCAUUAGGAUUGACGGAGCCACCUUACAUUGGACAAUGGCAUAAACUUGUGCAGAUUGAAUUGAUUGACGAUAAAAUAUGUGAACUACCCCAAUCACCAGACUGCCCUAAACUCAAAGUGCUCUUGUUGCCGGGCAAUGCCGAUUUAUUGGAUAUCCCUGAUUCAUUUUUCGACCACAUGCCUCUACUUCAACAUUUGGACUUAUCCUACACUAGUAUAAGGGAUUUGCCACCUUCUCUAACCAAAUUGAUACAACUUAAAAAAUUAUAUCUUAAAGGUUGUGAUCUCUUAAUGGAAAUAUCCCCGCAAAUUUUUCAGCUGAAGAAUCUCGAAGAGCUUGAUCUUGACGGGACUUUGAUAACCCAUUUGCCAAAAGACAUUCGAGAAUUGAUCAACCUGCAACGCUUAGUCCUAUGCUUUGAUGCAUACCAUCGUGUACUUAGUCGUGGUAAAAAAGGCAAACAGAUUUCUGACACAAUGAUAAUUCCUCCUGGAGUGAUAUCAAAUCUUACUCAGUUGAAUUAUCUAAGCCUUGACGUCGACCCUGAAGAUGAGCAAUGGAGCGAGAACGUCAAUAGUGUCUUGGUGGAAAUUUUGGGACUAGAGAAGUUGAAGACGGUGAGCAUAUAUGUCCCAAAGGCUGAUCUCUUGGAACUCAUACCCGCCAAAAAAUCUCUCGAUUUCCGAUUGGUUGUUGGUCAUCACAUGCGGCGUCUAAUAUCCCGUGUAACACCUGAACUAGAGACAAAAUUCAAACAUUUUGACUACAGCAUGAAGUUUGUUAAUGGUGUAAAUAUUCCCAAUGGAGUAGACAUGAAUCUUGGACGCUUCAAAGCCUUGUACCUUGAUCGACAUAUGACCAUCAAGAGUCUCUCGGAUUUCAAUUUGAGCAACGUACGCGGGUUGAAAGUUUGCAUAUUGGCGGAAUGUAAUGAAAUGGAAACAAUUGUCGAUGGAGGUAAUUCACAUGAUGAACCUGUUUCUCUAAUGUUGGAGUUCUUAAUUGUAUUUUAUAUGAAGAAUUUGAGAAGCAUUUGUCAAGAUUGUACUCCCUUUUCGUACUUAAAGUAUAUAGUGUUACGUACUUGUCCCAUGUUAACUACUAUCUUCACCUUGCGUACUUUGAUCAGCCUCCCCUUUUUGGAAGAGAUUAGUGUUGAAGACUGUCAAAAAGUAACCACCCUAAUAAGUCAUGACUCACCAGAAGAACGUAGAUCAGCGUUUUCCCUCCCUAAGUUGAGAGUGAUAUCGCUUCUUUAUCUUCCCAACUUGGUCAACAUUUUUAAUGGCCUGCGUGUUGAUCAUGUUUUAGAAGAAAUGAUUUUCUAUUGUUGCCCAAAACUCCAAAGUCUUUCGAGAUCGGAGUUGCCAUGGGAAUAUUUGAAGUUCAUCAAAGGAGAAAGCAUGUGGUGGGAAGCAUUGGAAUGGAGUGUCUCAGAGUGGGGUUAUGGUGGUCGACCCAAAAUCUUUGAGCAAUUUUUUAAACCAAUUAAUGUCGAGGCUGACAUGAUGAACCUACUAGCUGCACAUCAAGAGACUCAACUAAAUGAAUAUCACGGUACAAUAUAUCAGGGAGUUUCAAGUUCUACCGAGUUGAUGACGAUGAAUAUACAUUUGGAAAGACCUCUUUUGUCCCCUUCAACCUCAGUUUCAUUAUUGGGUAGUUCUGAAGGUGAAGCCCAAACGCAGAAAGCCGAUAUUGAGCCAACAAUAGGACAACAACCGUUGUCAGAAAGGAAAAUAAAGCAGGGUCGUGAAGGAACAAGUCUUCACCCCGAAGCUGUGAAAAUGAUACGUACAAAGAGUGAACAGGUUUCAGAUAGAUUUUCCUCGAUAAAAUAUGAGCAGAAGGACAUUGUUGGAGCUAAGUAUCAGAGAUUUACAAGUGGAAUUGUGCAAGCACACUUUGUGGCAAGCUCUGGUCUUCUUCUAAAAACAUGGGAUGCUAUCUCCUCAUGUGAUGAAGAUGUGGUUCCCCGUGUGGGGAACGGAUUGUUCUGGAAAGUUUGUGAAAAAUCGGAUUGGACGGUUGUGGUGUUUGAGGUCAACAAUGAUUUUGAUCUUCAUCAGGAAUUGGUUUCUUCUUCUGAUCUCAAGGAGAAGAAUAAUUUCCACUGCUUUGAGUUUCUAUGUACCAAGAAAAUUCCAGAGUUCUCUGUUAAUGAGUCUGCAGUUUCGCUAUUCAUUGACAAUCUUGACGAGCUUGAUGAGUUGAAGUCCAAGAUUAAUAGCUCCCAUCCAUUGAUUGUUACUGGACAUGGUAUUGGAGGAGCAAUUGCUUCUCUCUUUACUAUGUUGCUUUUAGAGAGCAUUGAUUCAGGAAAGAAACGUCCUCUCUGCAUCACCUUUGGUUCUCCCCUUAUUGGUGACAAAAAGUUGCAGGAAGCCAUAUCACGAAGUUCUACAUGGAGUUCUUGCUUUCUACAUGUUGUCUCUUACAAAGACUCACUUCUAAGGAAUUUUAAUCCCCACCCAGUUGAUUACGUGCCUUUUGGGACAUUUCUCUUCUGUUCUGGUUCAGGUUCUACUUGUUUGGAGAACCCCGAAUCUGUUUUUGAACUACUUCUUGUGAGCUCUAUCAAUGAUCAAAGUCAAGGUUUUGAAGUAGUAGAUUAUGGAAAACUUGUGGAAAAUCUCAAUCGUAAAGCAAUUUGCAAGGACUUUACCCCACGGGGCCUGAACUUGACAAAUUCUACUUCACUGAAUGCAAGUAUCUAUUUGUUGUUGUGUGCAGCACUAGAAUUGACAUCAGAUCUGCAGGAGCUACAACACCAGAACAUUGAUAUAAAUGCUUUGGCAACAAAGUUGGAAAGACUGGAGAAUAAAUUCAUGUUCCAAAAGAAGGUGAAAUUUGAUCCAUCCAAGAAAUUGAAUUGGAUGAAGAUACACAUGGCAAAACUUGAAUGGUACAAGAAGCAUUGUAAAAGUCUAGGUAUUGGUUACUAUGACUGCUUCAAAAAUGCUGUCUCAACAAUUGACAUAGAUGCUGUUCAGUGGCAGAAAAGCCUCAGCAACUACUGGAGGGACAUUGUUGAAGAGGCAGAGCUGAAACCUCAGACAGAAGCUGCAGCUUUUAGUACUCCCUGGCUUUUUGCUGGAACUAACUACAGGAGAAUGGUUGAGCCCCUAGCCAUUGCUGAAUACUAUGCAAUUGGUCUUAAGGACUAUGAGGCUGAAGGAAGGUCUAGACAUUAUGCAGUGUUGGAGAAGUGGCUGAAAGAAGAUAAGAAAGAAAAAGGUGAUUCAUAUGGCAAAACUAGAAGGAAUGUGGAAUGGAUUUUAACAUCUGAUUCUUGCUUUUGGGCAAAGCUUGAAGAGGCUCUCCUUUUGUGUGGACAGUGGGAGAAUUUGAAAGAGAAUGAAAAGGCAAAAGGGAAGUUGCUUGAAUUUGAGAACUAUGUUUAUGAAUCACUCAAAAAGUACGAAGUAUCACCAGAAAUUUUCCUGAAGAAAAGCAGUUACAUGACUUGGUGGAAUAAGUAUAAAGGGUUUGCAGAUAAUCAUAGACUAGCAAGCUUCAUGAGCAAUCCUCAACAUUUUGAUCAGUAUACUAAGGGAGCCUAUUUUUUCCCCUGAAGUACAGUGAAUGCAAUGUGUGGUUGGUUGUACAAUAAAUUAUGAUUUAAUCAUUCUACGUUUCCUUUGUUUAUUUUGGUAGGGAUCUUGGUUGUGCUAUCCCUUCUGGUGUCUUAUUUAACUCUUGCAGUUGUCUUUCCCUUGUAAACUUCCACUCUCAUUGUUCUGGAAAAUUUGAGUGUAAUGGAAGCAUUGUAACGCCCCAACCUACUUUUGAGUUACUUCACUAAUCACUAGCAUGAUAAUUGAUGAGUCUCGGUUUUGUAGAGUUUUUCUAGGCUAAUUUUGUCUCCUUGAGAUUUAGUUUGCUUUUAUUUCCUGGUUUUAGUUCAGAUUUUCUUGAAUAAAUUGCUAAUUUUCUGAAAAUGUGUAAAAUAGAGUGGAAUUAAGUAGAUUUAGAAAUGUAAUUUUGCAGUGUUUAGUCUUUCUGAAAAAUAAAAAUUGAGUUUGAAUUCAGUUUUGAAAGUGAAGAGUGAACAUAUGAGCUUGAAAUUUCAGUGCAGUGUGAAUUUUAAGUUUCUUGUGCAGUGUAGGGUUGCUGUUUGGAGAGCUCAUUUUCAGUGCUGUGAUGAAGUAUGCAAUGCAAAGUUCGGUCCAGUUGAGGAAAUUAUUACUCAGUACAUGAUUAGCUUGGAGCAAUCAUUACUUCAAGUAUGAAUGCAACUUCCUACUAGCAGUUUUGAAGGUUGAAGAAGCUAAAUCAGUGAGCAAAGUAACCUGCACCUGUCAGUGAAGAUGACUAACCUGCAUUUGCCUUUGAAGAAGCACUGAGCAACCUAAAUCAAUUGUAAUUCGAGACCUGAAACCUGCUGAACCAGGGAGCAUCACUUGCUGCUGCCGGUAGGGAGUGGAAUGGAUAAAAUAGCUCAGUUAAGAGAUAACCAUUCACUGCAGCUAAAGCCUUGAAAGCUGGAAUGGUCACUUGACUUGGAAACAUGCUACCUGAGUAGCUGGUCUAGUUAGUUAGUAUAGUUAAUCUGAACUUAGAGUAAUCAUUGUAAUGCUGACUUGUUGCAACAAGUUUUUAGUUUCAA